AAUAUAAUUCGUCGGAUUAUAGAGAAAUUAUUUUUUGAAGUUUCGAGUUAACAAAAAAGAACCCAUUUUUGAACAGCUUAUACUGAAAAAUCUAAUAAAGAUACAAAGAUACGUCCAAGACAUGAAAUGUGCGUCUAUUCGUUAACUUUCAAAUAAGCGAUUCCAAAAAAUAACCUCAUUGUUUAUUCAAUGAAAAAAAAAUAGUUAAACAAACAAAAUAUUCAAAACUUUAGCCCACUUUUUAUUUUGUUGGGGUUGACUCAAUCUUGGCAAAGUUUCAAAGUGGAAAGAUUAAUAAUUUUGGAGCAGUGAAUUUUUAAACCACGAUCCCCACGCGUGUAGCGUAUCGCAGUGCGACUAGCUCGGACUUGUGCAGUUUUCUUUCAGUUCUGACUUCGAUUUGAGAAUUGGUCUAUUUUGUAAACUGAAAAUGUGGGAGCAAGUACUGUAAAAUGACCUAUGCAUCGCAGAAAUUGUUGAGAAACUUAACAUCUAUCGCGAUAACCUACUUAUUUUUAGGAUCAGCUUAUUUGGAAGCUAAGGAAAAGACGCACAUUUCAUGUCUUGGACAAAUUUUUGAAUAUUUAUUAGAUUUUUCAGUAAAAGUUGUUGAAAAAGGGUUCUUCUUCGUGAUCGCGGAACAUUAAAAAACCAUUUCUUGAAAAUUUCACGUAUCAUAUUGCAAUAAAAAAUUACGUAUCGAAUAUUUUUGAGUUCUUAACCAAAAAAAAAAAAAAAUUAUAUGGAAAAAAAAUUGGUGGCUGAUUUUGUGUGGAAUGUUGGGUUUAACGCUAAUGGGUUUCCAUGUAUACGUUUUAUAUUGCUAGACUGUUACAGUAUGUAUAAUUAUACUCCAUUUUGACCUAAAAAAAAAACUAGGAAAAAUUUACGAAUUGCCUUUUUUGUGUUGCAGUUAUGAAUUUGAUCAAUACUAAAUAAUAAGCGAAUUCAGUGUUAGAUUUGGCCAAUAGAGACAAUAAAUUGUAAGGAACGCUUAGUCCGUUCUGGAAAGAAUUUGGAGAAGCAUAUAACAUCAGAACUACAAUUGUCAUGGAAUCCUUCUUCAGAAUGCGUCGAUCAUCACACACUUGUCAGAGCAAUCAAGAACCUCUAAUUGUUGUUGAAGAGUCUGAGAAUUAUGAAAAGGAAGACGAGAUUAGUCACACGUCGUCUCCUCGAAAUAGUUUAGAUAUAGAGUCUCCGGAAAACCCAUAUUUGCUUUCACCAUGGCGAGAUCCUAGAGAAACGCGUAAGCAUUCCUUACCAACGCCACCUUGCACUAGUGGCAUAACUGCUAGUCAAGUGCGUCGUCUCUCUGAACGUGGAGGUGAAGGAUCAGGACCUUCACCUCGAGAGCAAGCCUUUUUAGCCACUCUGUACAGCGCACCUGCUCCACAACCUGGUGGACGAAGGCAUUCUAUUGUAACAAUCAGUAAGGUUCCACCAACCAUAUUCAAUCGUUCUCGAAGAGAAUCAAUUGCUGCUUUUCCUGCUGGGCUGAGGUCAGCAGCUGGUUCCCGCCGUGAAAGCAAAACUGGUCCACCGCUAUCGACAGAUCAUAGAGGUAGUAUACAUAAUUUACAGUUAGAUAUUAUGGAUGAUAUAGUGCAAGCUAGAAAAGCGCGUAUGAAGCUAUGGAAUACAAGCAAUGAAAAAGUAUGUGAAGUUCAAACACUGGAUGAAGCUGGUGCUGGUUCUAGUUCACCGAUGCGCUAUACGAAUAGACGCUAUUCGGACUUUGUGGGUACGUCAUUGCCGCCUAUACAGUCGUUCAGACGUGCUUCCGAGAUGCCUAUUACACCGUCAACCCCGCUAUCACCAGCAACAGCAUCAUCGAAAAAAUUUACUACAUCAACAAAAUCAACACAAAAAAUGGGAAUAGUCUGCACAAAUACUGAUUUAAUAUCUCUUCUGUCGUCCUUAGCUUCAUCUGCAACUGAGAUAAAUAGAUGUGGCGAAAAAGACUAUACAACCCCAAAAACUCCUCAAUCAUCAUCGUCGAUCAAGCCCACCUUUGAAUUCCCUCAAGAUCAACAAACAACCGAGAGCAAACUUAAGAAAAACCGCUCAAAUAGUUUUGAUAUGUCAUUGUAUUAUAAUAUUAAGCAAUUGGCAACCUGCUCGUCUACCAAUCUAGAUGAUGCUGGAAAAAUAUCAAUUGAACCAGGUUGGUUUACUAAAAGACAUCUACCUAUGGCUCGUCGAAAAUCGAUGAAAUCUUCCGGCUCAAAAGUUACGUUCGCGAAAGAAGCAAUAGAUAAAUUACGAGAAAAAUCUGAGGCAAAAAGUGGCGAAGUUAAGACCAAGACAAAAGAAUCAAAAUCUCCCUUGAGCAAGUUGAAAUGGGAUGGAAGAAGUGCCAUAGUAGAUGCUCGUAUGAUCGGUCAUGCAAUCGAGAGUUUUAUAACAGGUACUAGUUCUUCGAAAAAAUCAUCAACCAAUUCCAAAGACUCAUCAAUGAAGUCUUCAAACAAACAAACUUCUUCCAAUUGGUUUGGGAAGGCAGAUGAUGAUGAUUCUAAUGAUGCAUGUGAUUCUUCGCUUUGUUCGACGCUGAAAGAUCUUUUUGUGAAGUAAAAACUGAUGUCUAGGCAGGGAUCUAGCAAUAUAGAAUAUUACCGAAUUUCAUUACCAAAUACGAAAAGUAAUCAAAAUGCAUGUAAUUCAAACGAACCCACCUGAAAAAGUAGCCUUUAAGUAUUGUUCCAUCAUACAAAUGAAAUGGAAAAUAUCCUACUUAUAAUCUGUUUCAGCGCAAUUAGUCGCUGUUUGUUGUUGUGAUUAACAAGAGAUUGAAUAAAUAUACCUAAACCAA